CUCUUCCCAAAUUCCCUAUAGAUAGAGAAUGAAAGCACCCUCUUAGUUUGUACUGCAAGGCACAACAAACAAAAUAACACAGAAAGCAUUUCGUAAAAGACUUUCAGACAAAAAUGUAUACGGAAGUAGUUAAAGCAUCCUAUUGGUUCCCAGAUGGUGCAUCAUCCCCAACCACCGGAAGCGUAGUCCCACAAUCCUCAGCCGUGCUAAUCGAUUCAACUCUCUUCACUCAUCUUUUCUGCGCCUUUGCCGACCUUGACCCUCAGACCAACAGCGUCGUUGUCUCCGGCGCUCACGAACAAGAAUUCUCCAACUUCACUAAAAUCGUCAAGAAGAAAAACCCUCACGUGCAAACCCUCUUGUCCAUCGGCGGAAGAAACGCAGAUAAAUCCGCGUUUGCGUCUAUGGCAAGUAACCCCACUUCUCGUAAAUCCUUCAUUUGGUCUGCGAUCUCCAGCGCUAGAUACUAUCGAUUUGACGGACUUGAUCUGGUUUGGAAGUACCCAAAAGAUGAUGUGGAGAUGAGAAACUUUGGUCAACUACUUGAACAAUGGCGAGAAGCGAUUGAGGACGAUGCUGAACGCACCGAAAGAAUGCCUUUGCUAUUGACGGCUGCGGUUUACUACUCUCCGGUUUACGAUUCUGUUUCCUACCCAAUUCGGGAGAUUAAAAAAAAAUUGGAUUGGGUUAACCUUAUUGCCUAUGAUUUCUACUCUUCAUCCACAACCAUUGGUCCACCCGCCGCUCUGUUUGAUCCCUCAAACCCGAAAGGUCCAUGUGGGGACUAUGGUUUGAAAGAGUGGAUUAAGGCCGGACUUCCGGCGAAGAAAGCAGUCUUGGGAUUUCCAUACGUUGGAUGGACCUGGAGUCUAGGAAGCGGCAAUGAUGCGGCCACCAGCCGAGUAGCUACAUCAGCUGAGGGUUCUAUCAACUACGAUCAGAUAAAAAGGUUAAUAGUGGAUCACAAAGCAAGACCGGUUUUUGACUCGACGGUGGUUGGAGAUUACUGCUUUGCCGGGACGAGUUUGAUUGGGUACGAUGAUCAUCAGAGCGUCGUGGCUAAAGUAAAAUACGCUAAACAGAAAGGUUUGCUUGGUUACUUCUCAUGGCAUGUUGGAGCUGAUGAUAAUUUUGGCCUAUCUCGUGCAGCAUCGCAAGCAUGGGAUGCUAAAGAGACAAAGACAACCAGCGGAGACAACCACUAAAGAAGAAGAAAUAAAUAAUGACGAGUAAAGAAUAUAACAUGUUGGCUUAUGUUAUUCUAAGACAUAUAAAACACGUCUUGCGUAUCUUUUUUUUUUUUUUUUUUUUUUUUAGACAAACGUAUCUUUCUUUCUUUUUUUCUCGUAAGUGUUGCCUUUUAUUAAAACGAAGUGUGCGUAUCUUGUUUUCACGCUUGCUAAUUAAAUCAUUGUAAACAAAAAAUAAUUAAAUAAAGUUUGGUU